AUGGCACCUAACAGUCAAAAAUUUCCGAAUAGUUCAGCACUUGAAGAAAUUGAACUAGAUGUACCUUUACCACCACCUGCACAAAAUGGCAAAACAUUUGUGAAAACGCUUACAUUCACCGCUACGGAGGUCACUUUCUCAUGUCAGGUUCAAACUAGCCAAAAUAGUAACAGGAUUUUUCGAUCGGAGGAUCCGGACAAAUUUUUGAUGACCGAUUUUCAGAAAUUGCGUUUCGAUAAUAACCAGUCUACAUCGGAAUAUAUAAUCAGAGUUCUUACAGCGGGUAUUCUUUUAAAUGGCAAACGAUAUCAUUAUUUUGGACAAAGUAAUUCACAUUUGAAAGAGAGAAAAUGCUUAUUACUUCAAGCAAGCGAACAAGAAAUCCAGAAAAAGCUUAAUGACUUUGGUGAUUGGUCUAAAUUUACAAACGUUGCCAAGCUAGCAAAGAGAAUAGGUCUAUUAUUUACAUCUGGAGAAAGAGUACUUGAAUUGCCUUCUGAAAAGUAUGACAAUAUCGACGAUAUUGAACGGAAUAAUUUUAACUUUACUGACGGAUGUGGAUUUGUUUCUAAAUCUCUAAUAAAAAAAAUAGCAAAAGAAAUGGAUCUUGAAUUUCAAGAUAAACGUCAUUAUCCUAGUGUUAUUCAAAUCCGUUAUCAAGGAUUCAAAGGAAUACUUUUACUAGGAAGUCAUCUUAAAGGAACAAAUAAAGAUUGUGAGUUUCGAAAAUCUAUGAAAAAAUUUAAUUACAAGGGUCCAAAUGACUUUUGUGUGGUUGAUUACUCCAAACCAUAUACUUUCGGACGGUUAAAUACUCAAAUAAUAAUGCUUCUAUCAUCACUCGGGGUCCCCGAUGACGUAUUUUUAAAAAAACAAGAUGAACAUUUUGAACGAUUAGAUUUAAUGUUUAAGGAAUUGCCUGUUGCAUUUGAAUAUCUCUUGACUAAAGGGGAAUUAGAACUUGCGCAAGAUCUAAUUGAGAAUGGCUUCACGAAAGACAUAAAUCAUUUCCUCAAAAAGUCAUAUAGAUAUGAAUUUGAAACAUCUUCAAAGAAAAAAAAAGGUUCUAGCGGUGACGACACUGAUCAAGAAAAAUUACGCAUGAUAGUAAAAAAUUCACGUCUAGUGUUUGCUGCGUCAGAUCCUACCAAAAAAUUGAAACCAGACGAAUGCUUCUUUAGACCAACUAUCGAAAACAAACCGAAAACCAUCGUUGGUCCUAUAUUUUGUGUCCGUAAUCCAUGUUACCAUGCCGGGGAUAUAGUGGUACUUAAAGCGGUGCAUGUUCCUGAAUGUGAAGAUAUUGUUGAUGUUUUGUUAUUUUCUGUAAAUGGUGACAUACCCACUGCACACCGGUCCGCAGGAGGUGAUCUGGAUGGUGACAAGUUUUUCACAUGUUGGGAUCAAGACCUCAUGCCGCCGAAGACUGUUGAGUCAUAUGGCUAUCCCGGAGGAAAAGAUCCUUUACCAAAAAAAAUUCAACGCAUUGAUCUAAUAAAGCAUUUUGCUAAAUAUUCAAAUGCAGGUGUUUCUCGCUGUGCCAAUCUGUUUACGAAGUGGGCUGAUGCAAAAGGACCUAGUUGUGAAGAAUGUAAAGAAAUAAACAAAUUGUUUUCGCUUGCUAUAGACGGUCAGUCAGUGAAGAUUUCCGAUAUUUUGCAACGGCCUCCUGAAGUUACUGAACAAGUUCUUCAAAGUAGAAUAUGGAAUAAACUUGUAACGGCUGCAGAAAGAAAGCGAGAGGAAAAGCGACAAAAUAUUUCAGAAAGUUUCACAGAAGAUCUUAGUAAUCAACGUAUAGUAGAUCCAGAAGAAUUGCGCGAAUUUCUAGGUGAAGGUCGCUAUGAUAUAACAGACUAUGACAUGUUGUGUAUUCUCAUGAAAUGGUGUAAAGCAAAUAAUUUAAAACUUGACGAGUUUCUUUGUUACAUAAAUUUCUCUUCAUUCAACGCGGGUGAAAAAUGUUUAGUAUCUGAUUUGAUCCCUAAUCAUUUUCUGUUUAACGGGUUACAUAUGUCACAUAUCGUAAAAAUAAUGCAAAUGCGCGAUUUUAAUUUUGGGGACGCAAACCAUCACUGGAAACUAUUUCAUCAGAAUAAUGGGAAUUCAUUAUCAAACAACCUAAUCUCUGAUCUUUCGAAAGCCGCCACAAACUUUCAUCGAGUCUUUGUCGCUCUCAAAUUUGAUCAUGAGCUCAUCAUUUGCAUCACUUUACAUGGCAGAUUUGAACCUGAUUCUGAAAACGACGCUAAUGGCAAGAUUAAUGUCUAUGGUUUCAAUCAAAGUGGAACCAUUCAGAAACUUAAGUCUUGUUUAGAAAAUUAUAAGCUUUAUUACAACGAAGAACAUUUUCAGCUUUAUGUAACAAACAAACGAAACACAUUUGUUUGGAUUGGUACUCCAAAACGACGAGAAACCAGUGUGGUCUCGCUUAAUGAACUUUAUGUCAAUUCUUCGAUAAGCGUUGCUAUUGAUAAGCUAUGUCAUAAAACCGCAAGAAUAACUAGUAAGAUUCAAAAAAAGAAUGUGUGUGAAUCUGAAAUCUAUGUAGUAAGUAAUCGUGACGAGUUGCAAGUAAAAUACCAAGCGGUUAACCCUGACUACACGGCAGAAGAAGAGCAAGUGGAUAUUGAUGCAGAUUAUAAUCCAGCAGAUCCAAAUAAUCCAGAUGAUCAAGAUGUUCAUUUAUUGUCCCUUGAUCCUGUUAAAAAUUUCACAAAUGAUUUUGAGGAAUUAAUGAAAAGAAUGGAAUGCUGGAAUAAGUAUGGUGUAUAUGAUAAAAUCUUUAUUGCUUAUAGGAAAUAUUUAGAAACAAUCAGUUCUAUACUUGAUCGUCAAAAAUUAGAAAGAUUAGCUAAAUUUUCAGCAGGAAAUCCAAUUUUACAUAUUCCAUUAGUGGAAUUUAUAAUAAAAAAAAAUUCACCAGAACAAAAUUCAGAAAUUUCAAGCGGAAUUUUGAUCAGUUUAAUUGGAACUUGCCUGAAAGCAGGCGAUUACUUAGAUGGUUCAUUGAUAAUGAAAAAAGUAGUAGAGUUAAUUUUAUGCUCAACUACUCUGUCAAUGUUUCAAGUUUUUGAGAUAUUUACAUAUAUAAUUUUUGAUUACUCAUCCUCUGAAAUAGCGUUGGAACAUUUGGAAUCUUUGGCCGAAAUUAUAGAGCAAAAAUUACAAUCUUCUACAGAAGAUACUACUUCGGGAAUAGCAAUCAAUUAUUUUAUGAAACAAGUUAAAAUUUUAUGCGUCCAAACGUUAGAAGAGCUCAUUUCUGGUGAUUAUAAAGCUACUAAAAAUCGAUAUCGGGCACGUUCAAGCAAAGAAAAAUUCAGUCUUAUGUCGAUAGGACCAGUGCCAAUCAAAGUCCGACCAGGUGACCUCAUACUACUUAAACGUCUAAAUCGUAAAUCAAAAGAACUUAUAUCUGUUAUACGUGCAGUUGUUUUAUCUACUGAAUCAGGAAUACGUAUAGAGGUAUCGUGGGUUCCUAGGGAUAUGGAGAUAGCAACUUGGAAAUUAAUUCCAGUUGGAAAUAUAAUUGGAUUUAAACAUUCAAUGAAUGCAAUCAAAGAACUAUAUCCAACCCAAGAUGAGGAAGUAUCUAAACUUUUGGAAAUUAUAUUUGAACCAGAAAAGUUUACUACAACUGACACAGAAUCAUCAAUAGCAUCUCAUAAUGAUAAUCUAGAACUUAAUGACAGUCAAAAAAUAGCUAUUAAACAGGCCAAAAUUGGACCUUUUACACUCUGGCAAGGUCCCGCAGGAACUGGAAAAACAAAGAGCAUUUUUCAUCUAAUAUUACAACUUCUUAAUAGUAAUCCAGAUAAACCUAUUCUAGUAACAGCAGCUACUAAUGCUGCAGUAGAUAAUGUUGCCUUACUUUUAGUUAAGCGUGGAGGAAUUGAUAUAGUUCGUAUUGGUGACAUUAAUUCUAUUCAUAAUGAAUUACUUCCCAUUACUCUUGAAGUUGGAUUAGAUGGGACACCUAAAAAAAUUCAUUCUAAAGAUUCUAAGAAAAAGCUUAAAGAAGCCAAAGUUGUUUUUGCAACCUGUGUUGGGUGCGGUACAAUUCUCUUGGAAAAGUUCGAAUUUUGUUUUAUUAUUGUAGAUGAAGCCUCACAAGUAUCUGAGCCAAUUUGUCUUAUUCCGUUAGCAAAAAAAUGUGACCGUUUUCUAUUAGUUGGUGAUCAUAAGCAACUGCCACCAUUUUGCUUACCGAAAGCUAAGGAAGUCGGAUAUUCAAUUUCAAUGUUUGAACGAAUGAUUGAAAAAUCAUAUCCACACUACUUACUUGACACUCAGUACCAUAUGCAUCCCGGAAUUUCUCAAUUUCCAAAUCAAAAAUUUUACGACAAAAAAUUAAAAGAUGGUGUGAAAGAGGAACAAAGACCCUUGAUAAAUGGAUUCACGUGGCCAAAUCCAGCUAUUCCAGUAUCAUUUGUUCAAGUUUCUGGAAAAGAAUUGUCUUUGAAAAGUUCAAAAUAUAACUCGGAAGAAGUCAAUAAUUUAGUCAGCAAAAUGAAAUUUAUAGUAGAUUCUGGGGGAGCGACUCCCCAGGAAAUUGGUAUCAUUAGUUUGUAUAGUGCUCAAUUGGAAACAGUGAACAACGCGUUAAAAGACUGUAAAAACGAAUCUUUUCAAAAGAUUGAAGUAAAAACUGCCGAUGGGUUUCAGGGACGAGAGAAGGAACUGAUACUUAUCACUUGUGUCCGUUGUAAUGAAAACGAAAGAAUUGGAUUUUUGGAUGAUGAAC